AUUAUGUAUGUAAAGCUUUUCUUCGUCUAUAUAAGUAUGGAUCGUCCUCACAAGUCACAAGAACAAAUUCUUUAUCAAAAAAAGAGUAUUCCGAGCUUAAUUCUUUCGACUAAUACAUUCUAAAUGAAAUCCCGUGGUAGGGAGAUGUUCAAAGUCGGACCAAUUGGGUCAAAACGUGAUUAUCAUAAGAAUUUGGAGUGGGACGAGAAGGGACGCAACAUGAUCUCUAGUAUAUAUGUUGCUUUCGACAGAGAUGCCAUAAACCACAUUCAGUUUAGCUAUCGUCAGAACGGAGGUCAUGUCGUUUCUGAAAAGUAUGGUGCGUCUGAUGCCAUUAAAAGAAAGUAUGGUACGUCCAAAGGUCAAUCCCACGUAAUGUUUGUUUUUGUAAUGGUUACUGAUGACCACGUUAAAACAAAUUUAUGCAAUAUACAGGCGAGACUAAAUGACGACGAGUUUGUGACCGGCUUGAGUGCAAUAGAUUGUAUUGGGGUCACCACUUUGAAUAUUCACACUAAUCAGGGGAAACACGGGCCAAUUUGUGAUAUAUUUCAAUCAGUUACGAAUAUGGAUAAAUAUAAGAGGGAAAUUGAUGUGAAGAUACGUGAUCGUCGUGAGUUUGGUGGUUUCUUUGGGUCUUUUGAUGACUAUGGCAAUCUGACUUCCAUUGGCAUUUAUGUGCGUCCCAUUACAAGGAUCAAUGACGCCGCCCUCAGAACCAACUACAAAGUUACCGAAGUCACCGACGACGAAGAUGACCAGAGCACUCUCUACCAAUCAUAUGGUCCUUUAACUACAAUCAACCAUAAUCGGACGCUUGAAUAUCAAAUGCCUCAUGAGGUCUCCGAUGGUUAUCAUGUCAAUCCCAUCGUUCAGAAGCCCAAGUUCGAAGACAAGAUCAGUCUCUACCAAUCAUCUGAUCGUCUAGCCAGAAGCACUAACAAUCGGACACUUGAGUAUGAAAGCCCGGAGUUCCUCGAUGCUUUUCAUCAUGUCAAGCCCAUUGGUCGUAAGCCUAAACUCAAAUAUGGGAUAUUCUCCAAGUUGAGGCGCCUUUUCAGAAAUCUCUUGAACUAAUUAGUUUUUUUUUGUGGUUUGCAUUCGUGCAAGAUCUCCAUCGGUAUGUUUUUGAAUCCCAACCACCAAGCAACUUGGCAGUGUUUAAUAGUAGCCUAGUUCAAGUUGCUGUUGAUUUUUAUCUUAAAUAAAGUAGCUUUAGUUUUAUCUUUCUAUAUCGCAACUCUUACGUAAUAAAAUGAGCCCAUAUCUUCAUUUGUUAUUUGUUUUCGA